AUGGCUGUCCCAAAAAUCACUCUUUAUGUGGAUAUCGUCAGUCCUUUUGCAUAUAUCGCAUUCUACGUGCUCAAGAACUCAGCGACUUUCGCGAAAUGUGAUGUGACCUACGUCCCCAUAUUCCUGGGUGGUCUGAUGCAUGCUUGUAAUAACACGCCACCAAUCAACAUCAAGAACAAGGCCCAGUGGACAAACAACGAGCGUUUAAGAUGGGCCAAAUACUUCUCGGUUCCGAUUCAUGAGCAGAUGCCUGACGGCUUCCCAAUCAAAACACUUCCGGUUCAACGUGCCCUUUGCGUUAUUGCACAAAAAGCACCUGCAUCAUUGCCCUCUGUGAUCGAUGCUCUGUACCGCUCUAUCUGGAUUGAUAGAAACUCAAAAGUCGGAGAAUCUGAGGGCUUCACGCCUAUUCUAGAGACUUUACUCGGAAAACAAGCGACACAGGAAGUUCUAUCAGCUAUGGGUCAAGCAGAUAUCAAAGCCACGUUGAAUUCCAACACAGAUAAGGCUUUCAAGGUUGGUGCUUUUGGUCUUCCGUGGUUCGAGUGCACCGACGCAAAUGGCAACAGCGAGGGAUUUUGGGGUGUGGAUCAUAUUGGAGUCGUCGCAGAUUUCUUGGGAUUGGAUCGUAGCCGGGAUCCUGGAUUCAAAGCCCUUCUGUAG